AUGGAAAGCACUAUCUUCAAAACUGAGGUAUUCUUUGUUUUCUUUAUGUUGAUGAACUCGGUUUUUGUGAUCUUAGAAGCUCGUCCAUUGAAUAUCAUUGACACAAAAAACUCAGAUACUAGAGAAGAAGUUGUGGAUUCUUUCGGUUGGUUAUCACAUUCUAUUGGAGAAAUCAAGCAAGUUGUUACGGUUGAGACACUUGGAUGGAUUAAGGAUUCGGGUCCAAGUCCGGGAGGGGUGGGACAUAAGUUCACUAACAUAGAUACACUCGGAGGAAUUAAGGAUUCUGGUCCAAGUUCGGGAGGGGUGGGACAUAAAUUCACCAAUAGAGAGAUUCUUGGUGGAAUUAAGGAUUCAGGUCCAAGUUCUGGAGGAGUGGGACAUAAAUUCACUAACAUAGACACACUCGGAGGAAUUAAGGAUUCUGGUCCGAGUUCCGGAGGAGUGGGACAUAAAUUUACUAACAGGGACACUCUUGGUGGAAUUAAAGAUUCGGGUCCAAGUUCGGGAGGGAUCGGCCAUAAAUUCACCAACAGGGAGACUCUUGGUGGAAUUAAGGAUUCGGGUCCGAGUUUCAGAGGAGUGACACAUAAAUUCACCAACAUAGACACACUUGGAGGAAUUAAGAAUUCUAAUCCGAGUUCCAGAGGAGUGGAACAUAAAUUUACCAAUAGGGAGACUCUUGGGGAUUCAAGUCCAUUACUUGUCCAAGGACAUUGA